AGUGUCUCUGUUCUACGAACCCGCGUAUACGUAGCUGCCUACGCCACUGUGUGCCGCGCCAGAGUCGCUCUGUUCUCUCGCGCAGACGGUUCUUUGGAGCAGCGACGUGCGGCAAAGUAGUCGCUGUGCUCGAGACAAGGAGAGACGAUGCAUGGGCGAGGAACAGACAAGGAGGCGCGGUAUCGAGUUUCGUGUCGGGGCGGGGCUUGUCGUUCCGCGUGAAAGCGGGAAGGGGUACCGAUGGGCGGUCCUUCGUGGAACCGUGUCCGCCCCACCUUGUGACGCCGCUGUUUUCACGGUUCCACCGCGAUGCGGCGCUGCCUAUGGCUGGAACCAGUUGUAGCUGUGCCGGUUCCCUCACUCCGCAUCGCGGCUUCGACACGGUAAACGGGCCUGUAUUUACCGUGGCGCAUCGUGCUCGCGCGUACCUCGUUUUCUGGCGUCGUUCUUCCCGACGUGUCGUCGUCGUCGCCGUCGUCGUCGUCGUCGUUGUCGUCGUCGUCGUGCUCGUCAUCGUCGUAUCUCGGUCCCGAAUGUCACACGAGGGCACAUGCGCCAUGAAACGGGUCUGACGCGCGUUCUUUUCGUCCCGUCGAGAAAAAGAGCACGAAGUGGAGAUCGAUCCUCGCGCUGUCGAUGCUCCAAGGACACCAGGACACCACGGUGGUAGUAUUCGAGUGCAGGUGCGCGGACUAGCUGGGUGUCGCUUCUUCGUUCGUCCUAGUGCUUUGUGAUCCCACGAUGGAGCCAGGGAUGAAGAAGGAUCGUUCCAGGACUGCGUCCAAUCGCCCCGACUCGCCGCGUCGAUGAACCCUUCUUGCUUAGUGAUUGUGUAACAGUGAGGGGUGUAACUUUUAUACUGGGAUAACGUGACUGUUUUGUACCGCGUUUUCGAUCGUCAAGAUAUCGAGACGUAAGCCGUUGGUCCCGGGAGCGAUACAUUUCCACCGAGAUGUGCCCGUGAGGGCGCGCUUACUUACCCUCUCAACCCCGGACGACGUAAUAACAAUCACAGUUCUGUCCAAGAUCCUUUCGACCAUACCGUACCUUGGAAAUAUACGAUAUUAUACCGAUAUCGUAACCGAGCAUUACGAGUGAUAAUAAGGAAAACUCGAAGAAAGAGUGGCGGAGUUGGCAGUGACGUUGUUGAGUGUUGAAAAGUUGUCGAGCCGAGGAAAGAACGAGAGGGUGAACCGAGCUGACGGUGGUGGUGGAGGAAGAAGAAGAGGAGGCAGAAGAAGGGAACUUGCGCAGCGGACGCCAUCUCCGCGUUAUCGGCAAGCGGAUCCCCCGGGACUCCCCCCCAAGCAGCUUCGGCGUCGCGCACCCUCGGCGGGAACUACCCCGUGACAGCAGCCACCCUGAUGGGAGUGUAUGAGGAGCGCGCCCCUCCUACCACCGGCAUGCACUGGCAGCCGGCCAGCUCGCAGGAGCGUGGCAGCGGCUUGGCUGUGGGGCGUCAAGGGGGGCCCGGCAGUGCGGGGGGGCCCGGAGCAGUGGACCAGGCGAGGGACCUAAGUCCCUGCCUCCCUGCGUCUAUGGGCGACGCUGCACGACCUACCACCUUACCGUGCAGUCCUCCUGCCGCCCACCAUCACGGGCCCCAUCAUACACCCCUACAUCAGACCCACUGCGGAACCAACAAUAAUUGCUACGACGGACCCACUACCCCCUACGACUCUAGAGACUACGAUUCCCCCGGAGGUGGGCAAGAGUACAGGAACAGCAGCAACUUUGAGAACCCAAGCGACCUGAGCAUGCCCCCGCAAACGACCCACCACCACCAUCACCACCAUCACUCGCAUCUGCAUCCGCAGACUCACUCGCAGGAACAGCAGACCACCGAACACUUGCACGCUAUCCCGAAACUGGAGCCGCCGCCCACCCCACCCGCGCAGUCCGACGAUGUGCCGGGGGUGGUUUGCGCCGGAUGCGGCCUCCGGAUAUCCGACAGGUUUUACCUUCAGGCGGUGGACAGGCGGUGGCACGCGGCCUGCCUUCAGUGCUCCCAUUGCCGCCAGGGCCUCGACGGCGAAGUCACCUGUUUCAGCAGGGACGGAAACAUUUACUGCAAGAAGGACUAUUAUCGGAUGUUCGGCAGCAUGAAGCGAUGCGCCCGCUGCCACGCGGCGAUCCUCGCCUCGGAGUUGGUGAUGCGGGCCAGGGAACUGGUGUUCCACGUGCGUUGCUUCUCGUGCGCCGCUUGCGCGGUUCCACUGACCAAGGGCGAUCACUUCGGGAUGAGGGACGGCGCGGUGUUGUGCCGGUUGCACUACGAGAUGGGCGCCGAGCUCCACCCCUCCCAGAGCCCUCCGGUCCCGGUUUAUCCCCCCGGCCCCCACUACCCCGGCCAACCGUUCCCCUCGCCCGAAUUCCUCCACCAUCACCAUCACCACCCCUCCCACCCACCGCACCCUCACCACUCGAUGCACCCGCAACAUCCCCACAGCCACGUGAGCCCGGUACCGCUCCAGCCGUCGACGCCGUCCGUCCCGGACGCGGGCUCACCACCCAAGGUACCCUACUUCAAUGGCGCCGCCGUCGUCCCGCCGCCUAGACAAAAGGGCAGACCCAGGAAGAGGAAACCGAAGGAUCUCGAAGCUAUGACCGCCAACAUAGAUUUGAACGCGGACUACAUAGAUAUGCCCUUCGGUAGGGGGGGGCCGGCUACUCCCGGCAUACCUGGUUCCAACAGCCGAACAAAAAGGAUGAGAACGAGUUUCAAACACCACCAGUUGAGGACGAUGAAGAGUUACUUCGCGAUCAAUCACAAUCCGGACGCGAAGGAUCUGAAGCAACUCUCGCAGAAAACUGGCUUGCCAAAAAGGGUGCUGCAGGUCUGGUUCCAGAACGCCCGCGCAAAAUGGCGGCGCAUGGUGUUGAAGCAGGAGGGGAAGUCGGACAAGUGCGACGGGAGCGUGGACAGCGGUUCCCUUGGCGACCUUGAGCUUUAUGGGAACAGCACCGGAAGCGGCGGACCUCCGAUGAGCCCUCCAUUCAUGCUCGGCGGCCCGCACAGCCCCGCGUCCUUGGCGUCCUUGGACUGCGCGUGAUCCCCGAAAUUCCGUUUCCGGGACAGGCCGAUCGAACGAUUCGCGAUCCACUCAUCGAUACCCUCUUCGUGGACGAGAACUCGAGGCCACGAUGACACGUACGGAAACGAGGUACGACCGCUCGAGUACACGGCCGUCGGUGUCCACGACGGUGCACGAGACGACGUUGUGAAUAAUUUAUUCGUCGAAGUAAGCGACGUUUAGAGAGAGAGAGAGAGAGAGAGAGAGAGAGAGAGAGAGAGAGAGAGAGAAGAGACAAUCGAAGGCGACGAUAUUCGAGGCGAUUUUCUCCGCGUCUGAGCAUCGUUGAGAUUGAUUUAUCAUCUCAACAUCGGGUGAAAUAUUUGUAGAGAGAGAGAGAGAGAGAGAGAGCGCAUCCGAAGAUAACGUUUUUCCUUCCGUAAGAAUGAUCGAGCGGCACUCGAUCCAGGGAGGAAAAUGGAGGCGGCGUACCAUAGCGAAGGAUCGAUUAGCCGAUUAGAAAGCGUUGUAUUUAUUGUAAGACGGGGCGAGGACAGUUUGAUCUAGAACAAGUUCUCCGUUCUCUAACCGAAUCGUCCGCACGCUUCGAUUGCGCACGCACGAUUUACACGCGCAGAAAUCACGUCACACUCGUUCUAUGAAAGUAUACACCUCGAUGGGUCAACUCCUCGAAGUCGAUAUAGACUCAAGUCGAAAGCGUUUGUAAUUAGUUAUCGAUGUCUAUUUAUUAUAAGUAUAUUUUGAGGUAAGCCUAGUUAAGGGUUACGAACUUUACCUGUGCUGUGUGAAAAUCCAACGUUUCCAUCACGAUAGUGGAUAGAGGAAUACAUGAGAAGAGCGUAAUAUAAUAUACUUGCGUCUGUUACGUAUUAUGAUUCAAAUGAUCCCGAAUGAAUCAAUGAAUUGCAUCGUGUCGUUGUCGUCGUCGCGCGAGCGAAUUAUCGGACGAUGAAAUGAUUUUAUCGAUCGAGGAUCGAUACGAGAUCGAUUCGAUUCGACUCGAUCCAUCGCGUUAUUAUCGACGACGAGUCAUUGGCUGGGUGGCGUUGAAGCACUAGAGAAGUCAUCGUGGUUGUUAAUUACAAAAAAAGAAGAAAAAAAAAAAAAAAAAAAAAAAAAAAAAAAAAGAGCGAGCUGGUGGUGGUUCGCGCGAAACGUUGGAUUUUAACGUCGAGUAAAUACGAGUAUAUAGUAUAUAAAUAAAUAAAUAUAUAUUAUUUAUAAAUGAAUUCGGGCGCGCGGAGCUUGAUUGACAAACGAGUGUGCGAGUGUUGUAAUAAUAAUUAUUGCUCAAAAAAGAAUAAAGGGGGAAGAAGAAGAAGAAGAAGAAGAAGAAGAAAAUUGAAUUUGAAGGAAGAAGAAUCGCGUUAAGAGUGGAUUACAGCUCGUGUUCGCGCCCGAUCCGCGAAUCCUUGGCGGAUAAAAAAAGUUUCACGUAAUUGUUGUAAAUAAAGGACGUUCCUCGAGUUUCUUAAGGCACCGCUAUAGGUUGUAGGGAUUCUAAUUGCAUUCGGUAGCGGUUCUGUGUUAGGCAAGGUAAUAAUGAUGACGACGAUUAUUAUUAUUAUCACUCCUAUUAUUAUCAUUGUAACGAAUGGAACGAUUGUCUAAUUUUACAAGAUGAUUUUUUCAUUGAAUA